GUACUCUUAGUUCAAUUAAAAGUUACAUUUUUCAUUUAUUUCAUUUUUCAGGUUAGCAAUUGUGAUUGCAAUGCUAUGUACCGUUUUGGCUGUUUUACUGAUUGCCUUAGGUAUUAGCUUAGAUAUAAGUGCAUGCAUAUCUGAAGCACAUUAUCCGAAAACAUCAGUUGGUGGCGCAGUGGUCAGCUUAGGUACUUUCUUAUUUGCAUUUAGUGGUCAUCAGGUAUUUCCAACUAUUCAACAUGAUAUGUAUCGUCCUAUUGAUUUUCCGAAAUCCAUUACUCUUGGCUUUUGUAUUGUUGCCUUCCUCUAUAUGCCAUUAUCCGUUUAUGGUUAUUUAACAUACGGUAGUAGUAUGCAUAGUUCGAUAAUUGAUUCCGUACAAACAUCAUGGAUCCGGCAUGCAGCUAAUUUAACCAUAGCAAUUCAUUGUAUUCUUGCUUUAAUCAUCAUGGUAAAUCCAUUAAAUCAGCAAGCUGAACAUUUAUUCAAUGCGCCACAUUCAUUUGGAAUUCAACGUGUGUUAAUACGUACUGGCGUACUUGGUACAAUAUUAUUUUGCGCCUUGACAAUACCCGAUUUUGGACCAUUUAUGAAUUUAGUUGGUGCAUUAACAAAUCCACCAACUUGUGUUGUACUACCAGCACUGACAAAUUUAUACCUAAAUGCGAUGAGUAUUGAUGAGAAAACCCGCGAUUACAAAAUACCGACAUUUCCUGAAGUAAUACGAAGGACUGAUAUAAAAAAAUUGCUAUGGAACGGUUUCAUCAUUGUGAUUGCACUAGUAGCUGGUAUUGUAAGUGCUUAUUUGGCUAUACAAGAAAUUUUAACAGUUCAUUUUACACCACCAUGUUAUCUUCGCCCGUUAUUUGCUCAGACUGCUACAAUUUUGCAUAAUGAAAAAAUUAAUUGCUGUGGAAUGAAGCAAAAUAUUUACGUCUUUGGUAAUGCUACCGAAAUGUGUCAACUGUCACAGCAAACAUUGUUAUAG